AUGUCCACGGUGGCUUCUGAGGACAGAAUUAAUGGCACAGCUUCAGAUUCGCGAAGCGUGGUGGCAGACUUGUGGAGCAUGGACGACAUGCUUUCGAGGCCUUUCCAUGCAGUGGAAGCCUCUGAGACCGUUACCGAGGAGGCGGCGCCAUUGCUACUGACACAGCCGCACCUGGCGCUGCGGCUCCGGGCCGCGCAGGGCAGCAGCAUCGAGGCCGGUACUUUGCUCCGCCUCUUCCUCCGGCCUCUGACGCAGUGGGCGCUGCCAGAGGAGGGCUGUCCUGCGCAGUGCGCAUGGCCCUCGGUCCCAGUGUGUAGUGUGUAG